GAACAAGGACGCGCCAUUUCUGUACAAUGGCCGUCGCGGUGCUCCCCACCGGCGCACCAGCCACUGCCAGGGACGCCGGCGGCGGCCACCACCACCAUGGCGCUGUCCUCACCGCCGACCGAGCCGUCUCCCUCCUCACCUCCUGCUCCACCGCCCGCCGCGCCGCCGAGCUCCACGCGGCCGUGCUCCGCACAGGGCUCCUCGACGCCACCGACCGCGCCGUCGCCUUCCGCCUGCAGCGCGCCUACGCGGCGUCCGGCCGCCUCGAUCUCUCGCUGGCCCUCCUCCGCCGCACGCGCGACCCGACGGCCAUCUUCUACACCUCCGCCAUCCACGCGCACUCCUCCCGUGGCCACCGCCUCCCGGCCCUGGCGCUCCUCUCCGACAUGCUGGCCCAAGGCCUCCUCCCCACGGCGCACACCCUCUCGGCCUCCCUCCCCGCCUGCCGCGGCCUCUCCCCCGGCCGCGCGCUCCACGGCUACGCCUUCAAGCUCGCCCUCGCCGGCGACUCCUACGUCGCCACCGCGCUGCUCGGCAUGUACGCGCGCGCCGGGGACGCCACCGCCGCCCGCGCUCUCUUCGACGACAUGCUUCCCGACCCGCACGUCGUGUCCGUCACCGCCAUGCUCACCUGCUACGCGGACAUGGGCGCGCUGGACGACGCACGCAGCCUGUUCGACGGGUUGCCCACAAAGGACUUCGUCUGCUGGAACGCCAUGAUCGACGGGUACACGCAGCACGGGAGGCCCAACGAGGCGCUCCGCUUGUUCCGGCGGAUGCUGGGGUCGGGUGUUGAGCCUGAUGAGGUGACCGUGGUGCUGGUGCUCUCCGCGGUUGCGCAGCUCGGUACGGUGGAGUCGGGGAAGUGGCUCCAUUCGUAUGUCAAGAACAGCCGACGGGUUCAACUUAGUGUCAGAGUCGGCACGGCGCUCAUUGACAUGUACUGCAAGUGCGGCAGCUUGGGCGAUGCCGUCGAUGUGUUCCAUGGCAUUGGUGACAAAGAUAUCGUCGUGUGGAACGCCAUGAUCAAUGGUUACGCGAUGCACGGGGAUAGCAGAAAGGCACUGGAGAUGUUUGUGCAGUCACGGGAGCAGGGCCUCUGGCCGACAGAUAUCACCUUCAUUGGCUUGCUCAAUGCUUGCAGUCACUCUGGGAUGGUCGAGGAGGGCCGCGAGUUCUUCCAGUCAAUGGAGCGGGAAUAUGGCAUUGAUCCCAAGAUCGAGCACUAUGGUUGCAUGGUGGAUCUUCUUGGUCGUGCGGGGCUCAUAAAAGAAGCAUUCUGUCUUGUCCAGAGCAUGAAGAUAACGCCUGAUGCUGUCAUGUGGGUAUCACUACUUGCUGCAUGCCGGCUUCACAAGAACAUGUCGUUAGGACAGCAGAUUGCUGACUAUCUUGUUGCUAAGGGGCUUGCCAACUCUGGGAUGUAUAUCCUCCUAUCAAACAUCUAUGCAGCUGUUGGCAACUGGGGAGAAGUGGCACGAGUGCGGUCAAUGAUGAAGGCUAGUGGCAUCCAGAAGGAGCCUGGGUGUAGCUCUAUUGAAAUAGACCGUGAGGUAUAUGAGUUCGUUGCUGGGGAUAUGAGCCAUCCCCGCACCGAUGAAAUAUAUGUCAUGUUAGACAAGAUGAACGGCCUUGUGAAGGAGCACGGACAUGUGCCGCAGACUGAGCUGGUUCUGCAUGACCUGGACGAGGCUACGAAGGAGAAGGCGCUUGCAGUCCAUAGCGAAAAGCUUGCCCUUGCAUUUGGACUGAUAAGCACACAGCCUGGGGCGACCAUCAAGAUUGUCAAGAAUUUACGGGCGUGCUCUGACUGCCAUGCAGUGUUGAAGUUGAUAUCAAGGAUCACUGGAAGGAAAAUCGUGUUCAGAGACAGGAAUAGGUUUCACCAUUUUGUCGACGGGUCCUGCAGUUGUGGAGAUUACUGGUGAGGCCUUGAUGGCAUCCCAAAUUUCCUGCACGGUGAAAAGGAUCUAUGGACGGCCCACAUGGAGGAGGCAUCUACUUUUCACUUGACAUCAAAGCAAUGAAAUCACUUGCUCAAAGUAGCAUACUGAAAUGAGAUCAGUGAAAAGAAGAGCUACAGUAGUCCAAAAUUAAGUGGCAUAAGUAUAUCCAGAUCAUCUGAAAAUGAAGCAACAAGAGAUUCGUCUUUUCGGUUUUCAAUUGUAGGUCCAUGAGGCAGGUCUACCUUCAACGAAAGAUAAGCCAAUUUACAUUCCA